GUUGGUAGACGAGCCCGGGGGGGCCUCUCUGGGCGCGCCGCCGCGCCUCCGCUCGAUGCUCCGGCCGGAAGUGCUCUUCCCCGCCGGCCUCCCGCCCGGCUCUCUGGUCCCGGCGGUAAGAUGGCGGCGGCCGCAGAGUGCGAUGUGGUAAUGGCGACGACCGAGCCGGAUCUGCUGAACGAGGAAGAGGCCAAGAGAGAGGCAGAGUCCUUCAAGGAGCAAGGAAACGCAUACUACGCCAAGAAGGAUUACAACGAAGCCUUCAACUACUACACGAAGGCCAUCGAUAUGUGUCCCAAGAACGCGAGCUACUACGGGAACCGGGCGGCCACACUCAUGAUGCUGGGCCGGUUCCGGGAGGCACUUGGGGAUGCGCAGCAGUCGGUGCGGCUGGACGACAGCUUCGUGCGGGGACAUCUACGAGAGGGCAAAUGCCACCUCUCUCUGGGGAAUGCCAUGGCAGCGUGUCGUAGUUUCCAGAGAGCCCUAGAACUGGAUCACAGAAACGCUCAGGCACAGCAGGAGUUCAAGAAUGCCAGCGCCGUUAUGGAAUAUGAGAAGGUAGCAGAAACGGAUUUCGAGAAGCGAGACUUUCGGAAGGUGGUCUUCUGCAUGGACCGGGCCCUGGAGUUUGCCCCCGCCUGCCACCGCUUCAAGAUCCUCAAAGCCGAGUGCCUGGCGAUGCUAGGCCGCUACCCAGAGGCGCAGUCCGUGGCCAGCGACAUCCUGCGGCUAGACUCCACCAACGCGGACGCGCUGUAUGUGCGGGGCCUGUGCCUCUACUAUGAGGGCUGCAUCGAGAAGGCUGUGCAAUUCUUCGUGCAGGCGCUCCGGAUGGCCCCGGACCACGAGAAGGCCUGCGCGGCCUGCAGGAACGCCAAAGCCCUCAAAGCCAAGAAGGAGGAUGGGAAUAAAGCAUUUAAGGACGGCAAUUAUAAACUAGCCCAUGAACUGUAUACAGAAGCCCUGGCCAUAGAUCCCAACAACAGAAAGACAAAUGCCAAGCUCUACUGUAACCGGGGAACUGUCAACUCCAAGCUCAGGAAGCUGGAUGAGGCGAUUGCAGACUGCACGCGCGCCGUGACGCUGGACGACACGUACAUCAAAGCCUACCUGAGGAGAGCACAGUGUUACAUGGACACGGAGCAGUACGAGGAGGCGGUGCGGGAUUACGAGAAGGUCUACCAGACAGAGAAGACCAAAGAGCACAAGCAGCUCCUGAAGAACGCCCAGCUGGAGCUGAAGAAGAGCAAGCGGAAAGACUACUACAAGAUCCUGGGGGUGGACAAGAAUGCCUCCGAGGACGAGAUCAAGAGGGCCUACCGGAAGCGGGCCUUGAUGCACCACCCGGAUCGGCACAGUGGAGCCAGUGCCGAGGUGCAGAAAGAGGAGGAGAAGAAGUUCAAGGAAGUGGGUGAGGCCUUCACCAUCCUCUCGGACCCCAAGAAGAAGACGCGCUACGACAGUGGCCAGGACCUGGACGAAGAGGGCAUGAACAUGGGUGAUUUCGACGCCAACAACAUCUUCAAGGCUUUCUUCGGGGGUCCUGGGGGCUUCAGCUUUGAAGCGUCCGGUCCAGGGAAUUUCUUCUUUCAGUUCGGCUAAUGAAGGCCACCCCUCCAGCCCCUGCACACACAGACUCGCCUGGCUCAGCCUCGCGUGUGGACGUGGCCACCUCCCCAUCCUGGCUCCGCACCCGCAGCCCUGCCCCUCGGCUGGCCACGCUGUCGCCGUGGCUGUGCUGUGAGCAGGCAGGACGGAGCCAAGCUGCAGAGGGGGAGGCAGCUUGUGAAUCUUUGUCUUACUGUUUAACUUUAUUAAAAAAGAAAAACGGAGAAAUAAAAGCAUUG